AUGCACGUAAAUGGAUGCAUGGGCAGCAAUCUUUCGGAUGUUUUCCCUUCACUUCCUUUCCAAGACUCAAUUAGUAACUCUGUCACUGGUCCAGUCUUGAAUAUAAACGGACCAAACGUUAACAGCAUUGAUACUAUGUCUCGACUCAAAUUUCUUGGUUUAAAUUUGGGGAAUAAUAAUCAGAAUGGAAAUAGUAACACCCUUUGUAAUGAGGAUCGCUCACGCACCAAUUUGAUUAUAAACUACCUUCCUCAGAGCUACGACCAAAACGAUCUCCAGCGUCUCUUCGAGCGAGUGGGACCUAUUAGGCAGUGUAAGCUUAUUAGAGACAAGAACACUGGUGCUAGUUUGUGUUACGGGUUCGUAGAUUUCGUGAACCCUCAGCACGCAGCUUUAGCAAUACAAACCUAUCACGGUUACGAGACGGAGCAGAAACGACUGCGUGUGGCGUACGCCAGUUCAGGUGGUCGUCGGUUCACACCAGGACAUCGUCUCCAAACGUUUUCCAAUGGAACUAAUUUCCCAGGCUCAUUGAACUCUGAAGUCACAAAUGAAAAUAUAAUUGGAUGGGAGAUCAUAGUAACUGGGAUACCUGUAGAGUGGACUGAACCGGAUUUACUCCGUCUUUUUUCUAAUUUCGGGGCCGUUGUGGUUAUUAGAUUAUUAGCUCCUCAAUUUCCCGAUUCACCACCAGGUCAAAAGCCUCGUCUCAGUCCCGCUCUGAACGGGGCUUCAAGUGAUAUGAGUUCAGAAUCAGCAGACAGCAAGUUCACUUCAAGUGCAUCUGUCAUUUUUCAGGAGAAAAAUAAUGCUGAGCUUUCUGUUUUGCGCUUAAAUGGUUACCAGGCUCCGGAAUGGACGUCACCGCUUAGAUUGAGAUUAAUUGGUUCUGUAACGAGAGAAACCUAUGGGCUGUUUUACUUUUCUUCGCGUCAGUCGCCACUCCCACUUAAUCGUACAACUAACAACAACAGUAACACGGAUCCUUUGACCGAAUCAAAUAUACUUACAAAUGUGCUGAAUAGACGGACGCUAAACACGCUAGGCUGCGCUGUGCAUGGAAAUUCACAAAGUCAGUAUAUGACAGAAACAAAAAACUCUGAAGUCACUCUAAACGUAGCAGUAGAGUCUAGCGGUUCCCUCCAGUUACCAUCAAACCCUCAGUUCGGCAUCCCUCCUCGACCAAUCAUGCGAAACAAAGUCACUGAUCACAACCUAACAUCAAUCUUCAACCGCGACGUCCUCUCACAAACCAGUUCGUUGGAUGUCUUGGAUUUCCUUGACGGUCACCAUAGUGCAAACUCACCAGGUUUUGUUGCUGGGGUUGAUCGCUGUUCAUCCCGAGAGAUCUCGAUAAUAAACACACUUAACUCCCAACGAACUGUCGACAAUGACCAGCCAAAAUUGGAACAUUCUCUCAGGAAUUUGACGAACACAACGAGUCAUUCUCCAUGGUUGUUUUCCCAACAGCGGUCUGUAAUUAAUUCACUUCCAGAAACUGGACGUUCGGACGAAAUAAAUCCGAGUGCUUUGACAGCUGGAGUAUGCGCGCGUUUGUCUGUUAAAAGUCCUUUGAUACCAAGUCCUGUGUUGUCGAGUUUAUUAACACAGCGGGGUUGUCAGAUAAACGUAUGGCUCAAACUAGAAAAUAUUCAACCGACUGGAUCAUUCAAAAUUCGUGGUGUUGAAAAUGUGGUUCGCAAGUGGGCAGCCGCGGGAGUGACUCAUAUUGUCUGUCCAACUACUGGGAAUGCAGGCAUAGCUGUAUCUUUUGCAGCUCACACUUACAGAAUGAACUGUACAUUAGUAGUCCCUGAGGCUCUUGAGCAAACUAUUAGACGGCGCUUAUCAUUAGAGGCACAGGAAGCCAAGAUCGUUAUUGGUGGUUCGAGCUUCUUGGAGGCCCAUCACCGCGCUGAGCAAUUAGUAAACGACCUACAAUCCGGACACAGUGACCCCACUAUCCGACUUCUUCAUCCUUAUGAUCAACCUGAACUAUGGGAAGGAUACGAAACUAUUGUCGACGAAGUCACUCCAGAGAUCGGUCAACCAGAUGCUAUAGUUGUCGCCGUCGGUGGUGGAGGGUUGCUUGCAGGCGUCAUACAAGGUCUGUGGAAUAGAGGAUGGUCUUCAACACAUGUCGUAACUGUGGAGACAGAGGGAGCAGAUUGCUUAAAUCGUUCAUUGAAGUCUGGUCAGUUAGCAGUUAUCCCACGAAGCUCAACGAUUGCAACUUCUCUCAGUGCCCCAGUCUUGGCACAGCGUGCUUGGAGUUUGGCUCAAUGCCAUUCGAUUAGUGCAGUGACCUGUACUGACGGAGAGGCAGUUGAUGGAGUUAAACGUUUUUUGGAUGACCAUGGAAUGCUUGUUGAUCCAGCUUGUGGAGCAGCACUUUCGACUGUAUAUUCAGGCUACCUAUCACGCUUACAACUAGAGGGUCGUCUACCUCGUCCCUCCAAUGUUCUCAUAAUUAUCGGCGGUGGACGGAAUGUCUCUUUUCGUCAGUUGAUUGACUGGGAAAACCAAAUGUCUUCAUUCGCUCCAGAACAAAUUGCUGCAUCUGUUUUACCACCUUUGUCAAGUUCGUACAUCACUCAUUUGUCACCUCGUUCGACAUGCCAAGAUAUACCUAAAUCUUCAACAAUGACUCAUUACACAUCAGGGGCUGAACACGAAGAAGGCAGAGUUGGGACUCCGACACCAAACACACCGCGGUCUGUGUGUGCUAUUUUGAGCAGAACUGCAGUCUCCAGGUCUGAUGCUGCUGAUCACCAAAUGUCAGUCUGCAAUGGACUGGAUGUCGAAAAUAGUUCUGAAUGCACUGGUUCUUUAAAUCCACACGACCUAAUGAAUUUCUCCAAACUCCUGGCCUCAUCUGAGGCUGAUGGUGAAGAAGUAAUCUGUUUAACGCGCUGUUAUGGUAUAAGAUUCGAGGACUAUAACACCCAUAUGAGAAAGAAAGUACGACAUCAAAUAAACAAAUAA